AGCUGGCUCGAAUCCGAUCCCCCUGCAAACAGGCUUAUCUGGCCAGGGUUUAAUGCACUUUGUACCUGCGGCACGGCACAGCACAGCACGGUCUAAUCUUUGCGGGCUGGAAGACCAUCCCAUCGCAUAAACCAGAAGACACUCUUCAAGACCCCUGAGAGCGGUGACGAACUGACCAAACCAAACCAAAACCAUGUCCUCAUCCGAUGGAAAACUGCGCUACGACGGCCGAGUGGCGGUGGUGACUGGAGCCGGCGCGGGCCUGGGCCGCGAGUACGCCUUGCUACUGGCCGAGCGCGGUGCCAAGGUGGUGGUCAACGACCUGGGUGGCACACAUUCCGGCGAGGGUGCCUCGCAGCGCGCCGCCGAUAUUGUCGUCGAGGAGAUCCGUCGGGCUGGCGGCGAGGCGGUGGCCGACUACAACUCUGUUAUUGAUGGAGCAAAGGUCAUUGAGACCGCCGUGAAGGCCUUCGGACGCGUCGACAUCCUGGUAAACAACGCUGGCAUUCUGCGCGACAAGAGCCUGGCCAAGACCAGCGAACAGGACUGGAACCUGGUUCACGAUGUCCACCUGAAGGGCAGCUUCAAGUGCACCCAGGCCGCGUUCCCUCACAUGAAGAGCCAGAACUACGGUCGUAUCAUCAUGACGUCCUCGAACUCGGGCAUUUACGGCAACUUCGGACAGGCCAACUACUCGGCGGCCAAGAUGGGCCUGGUUGGUCUGGCCAACACGGUGGCCAUUGAGGGCGCCCGCAACAAUGUCCUGUGCAACGUGAUCAUUCCCACGGCCGCCAGCCGCAUGACCGAGGGCAUCCUUCCCGACAUUCUCUUCAACGAGCUGAAGCCGAAGCUCAUUGCUCCGGUGGUGGCCUACCUAUGCCACGAGUCCUGCGAGGAUAAUGGCAGUUACAUCGAGAGCGCCGCCGGCUGGGCCACCAAGGUGCAUACGGUGCGCGGCAAGGGCGCCGUGCUGCGUCCAUCCAUCGACGACGCAGUGACCCCGGAGUACGUGAAGAACGUAUGGUCGCAGGUGACGGAUAUGUCCAAGGCCAAGCACCUGGACGCCAUCGCCAACGCGUCCGGCUCUCUGCUUGAGGUGCUCGAGAAGCUGAAGGCCGGCGGCGGUGAGGCCGUCGAGGACACCUUUGAGUUCGACAGCAAGGAGCUCAUCACCUACGCGUUGGGCAUCGGUGCAUCGGUGACGAACGCCCAGGACAUGCGCUUCUUGUACGAGAACGACGGCGACUUUGCCGCCAUUCCGUCGUUCUUUGUGCUGCCCGGCCUCCUGCUGGCCAUGUCCACCGACAAGCUGAUGAGCAAGGCUCUGCCCGGCAAGCAGGUGGACUUCUCCAACAUCUUGCACGGUGAGCAGUACCUGGAGAUCGUUGACGAUCUGCCCACCAGCGGCACACUGGUGACCAGCGGCCAGGUGUUCGACGUGAUGGACAAGGGUUCCGGUGCUGUGGUCGUGACCAACACCGAGUCCUUCGACGAAAGCGGACAUCUGCUGGUGCGCAACCAGAGCAGCACCUUUGUCGUCGGCGCCGGAAAAUUCGGCGGCAAGAAGGAGCCAAUUGCCGGUGUUGUUCCGGUGCUCCCGCCACCCAAGCGCCAGCCGGACGCGUCCGUUCAAUACGCGACAAGCGAUAAUCAGGCCGUGCUUUACCGCCUUUCCGGCGAUCGUAAUCCCCUUCACAUCGAUCCCCAAAUGGCCCUGUUGGCCGGAUUCAAGACCCCCAUCCUGCACGGCCUCUGCACCUUGGGCUUCUCCGUUCGCGCUGUACUCGCCCAGUACGCCGACAAUAAUCCGGCCCUCUUCAAGGCAGUCAAGGUACGCUUUUCCGGUCCCGUGAUUCCUGGCCAGAGCCUCCGCGUGGACAUGUGGCAGGAGGGUGCACGCAUCUACUUCCGCACCGUGGUGGUGGAGACCGGCAAGGAGGUCAUUUCGGGCGCCUAUGUGGACCUCAAGAGCAGCUCCAAGGCGAAGCUGUAAGAUGCACAACGGACGAGUGGGUGACACCCAAAUCAUUCUAUAAAUAUGUAUGCAUCCUGUGGUGGUAGAAGUAUUUCACAUGUCAACUGUUUCUUUAAUCCGCAAAUAAACUAGACUGUUUUUCUUUUUUUUACAUA